AUGAGAGGAGUGUCGUGUCGGCAGGGUUGGAUGAUGAAGUGGACGGUGAGGAUUGGGGGAGGUGUGGGUCCCAUUUGGAGAGAUCAAAGGGCUGAGAUUAGAGGGCAGUGGUGGGGUAUAAGAGGGAGGCAUUUGGAGAAGAGGCCGCCGAAAACUGUGGGCGAUUCUGUGAGGGCAGGGGUGGGGGUCUCUCACAAGUCACAACAAACAGCCCUCGCUCCUCAGAUUCUAGGGUUUCGAUUCUCUUUUGGCGCCCAAAUUGUCCUUUCAGGGUUCUGUUUUGUAAUGGAACUUGAAGAAGGAAAAAGCAAUGGUGGUAGUACGGAGUGCACUGAGAAAGUUCAGUCCUUGACGAGUGAAGCCAAUGGUGGUAGUACGGAGUGCACUGAGAAAGUUCAAACCUGGAAGAGUGAAGCCAAUGAUGGUAGUACGGAAUGCACUGACAAAGCUCAAUGCUUGAAGAGUGAAGCCAAUGGAUUUGAAUUUAGGGUGUGUAAAAAUUUUGCCAAAGGCCGCUCAGAUGCAAGUGAGGUUGUUCGGACUUACAAGAGGCGGAGGCGUGCAGGGUCAAGUUGGGAUAGCAGGUCACAAGAAUAUGGGGGAGCUGAUGUGGAAUCAUCGAGUCAAUUGGCAGACCAGCGUCUAAAGGAACCUGUGGGCACAGCAAUACAGAAUAACUCUUGUGAGCAAGUCCAUCUUCAAACGAAUAGUUCAGAUGCUUGCUCAGAUAGGCACUGGAGAAAUGCUGUACUGGACAGCAUGUAUCAGUCUUUAGGUGAUGAUGAAGGUGGUGUACAAGUGUGCAUCCGAGAAGCAAUUGUACAUUUUCGAGACAUUGAUCAUACCACAAGAGUUAAGGAAUCUGGUGAUCAUGAUGCGGAUAGGCAUCAAUGUUUUUUUCCUACGCGGUCUAUCUUGAAUGGACCUCAUAGUGCAGCCAAUGGGCAUGCUGGUGUUAUAUUGAAUGGAUCUUCAAAUAAAACAAACUAUCCUACAGUUACUGCAAUGUGUCAGCAUGCUUUUUUUAAUGUUUUAGUUUCAGAAAAGUUUGCUUCAUUGUGCAAACUGCUGUUGGAAAAUUUUCAAGGAAUCAAGGCAGACAGCAUUUUCGACCUUAAUCUCAUAAACUCAAGGAUGAAAAAGGGGGAUUAUGAACAUUCGCCUAUGCUAUUCUCACAUGAUAUGCAACAGGCAAGUUGGAUUUGGAGAAAGCUUCAAGGGAUUGGUACUAACUUGAUUUCUCUUGCAAAAAGCCUCUCAGACAUGUCAAGGAGUUCUUACAAAGAACAGGUGGGAGGUUCAGUCCGAAAUACAUUUGAAGGUGGAAAAGAUGAGUUGUACGCCUGCGAAUCUGACUUCCACACUAAACUGGAGCAAACAGAGGAUUGUGCUGUGCACAGUGUAUACAAUUGCAUGCAUUGUGGAGGCAAGGCAGAUGGGAAGGAUUGUCUAGUAUGUGAUUCAUGUGAGGACAUGUACCAUAUCUCCUGCAUUCAGCCUGCUGUCAAAGAGAUUCCUCUAAAAAGUUGGUAUUGUUUGAGUUGCACUGCUAGUGGUGUUCGAUCAUCCCAUGAGAACUGUGUUGUGUGUGAGAAGUUGAAUGUGCCCAAGGCUCUAGUUGAUGGAGUUGGAGGUGAAAGUGUUUCUACAGAUGAAGAAACAGUCAAUGAGAUGGGAGAGAAUUCAAAUUUUAAUACAGAUGAUGGAAUCCAACCUUCGGAAGAGAGCAAAGACUUGAACAUCUGCAAAACUUGUGGAAUGGAGGUAGAAAAAAGUGACAAGUUGAAGAUAUGUGGUCAUCCAUACUGCCCAAAGAAAUACUACCAUGAGAGAGCUUGUCUCACUGAUCGAGACGAUGAUAUAAUUGUUCUUUGUGAUGGCUGUGAUCAUGGGUACCACAUCUAUUGUAUGGACCCACCACGCAUUGGCAUUCCAAGCGGGAAAUGGUUUUGCAGAAAAUGUCGUGCAGCAAUUCAGGUCAUACGCAGGACAAGAAAGGCUUAUGAUAAGAAUGAAAAGAAACAGAAAAAGAACGGUGAAGGAUCAAGGAAGUUGAAUGAAAAACGAGCUGACAGGGAAUCAGGACAAGGUAGAGGGGGAAUGGAGUUGCUUGUAUAUGCAGUCAAGACUCUAGAUCAUGAAGAAGAUAUGAUGAGCAUGUCGCCCAAGGCUAAGAAUUCUGUUUGUCUGCGUUGUUUAGGGGCGACAUUUUCGUCACCAUUGAACAUACUGGUGGCUUAUUUAUACCAACACCCCUUGAAACUACGGUCAAAUCUUGCUUUGUCUCCCCCAAAACUUAACUAUGAUGAUGUGGAUCGGUCCAAGGAUGUGAUUAAUAGCGGAAGUGAAAAGGAGGUGGAGUCGGUGUUGUACUGGAACCCGGCGGUGAAUGAGGCAGCUGUGGUGGCUAAGCCGGACAAGUUCUAUGGGGUGACGCCUUGUGCUUUCGUGUGCUUGAAGAGUGCAGGGUUGGAUUGCAGUGUUCCUAGCGAGGAUAUAAUGGAGUUCUGUAAGGAAAGGUUGCCUCAUUUCUUAGCGCCAAAGACGGUGGUGUUCACGGAGGCGCUGCCCAAGACGUCCACCGUACAGAAGUUCGUGUUACGAGAAAUUGCCAUGUCUGUGGGUUGA